AUGCGGUUCACAAAAUCGCUUCAGUUCGCGCUUGUCGUGGCUCUUACCCCCCUGGCGCUGGCCCAGAUCCUGGAUGCUCACGACCAAAACAGCGCCCUCGAGACUCGCAGCAUCCAAAGGUCCGGGAACCAGGUGCAUGGAACCCCCCACGGCAAAGAGUCCAGUGACGACGAUAAAACACCAUUGCUUCCACCAGACCACAUUCCUUCGGACUGGGUCCAAUUUGAAAACGAGAAACAUCACCACAAAGCUCGCAGUGUCCAAACCUCUGGCCACCGGGGACAUGGAGCCCCCCACGGCAAAGAAUCCAGUGACGAUGAUAAAACACCACUGCUUCCACCAGACCAUAUUCCCUCGGAUUGGGUUCAGUUUGAGAACGACAAGCAUCACCAGGGUAGGCCUCGGAUUUUUCACGCUUAG